AUCAAUUAAAUAUAUACAUAUGAGUAUACAUGUGAGCAUGUAUGUACGUCAGAGUUCAUAGUUUUACACUGGAUAUUUAUUGGUAUUCGACUAUUAACACAACACAAAUAUUUUUUUUUUAACGUACACAUUUAUAAUUCACCAACAAAGUUUUGUUAUUAUUAAACUAUUAUAUGUUAAGCAUUAAGACGCGUUUUCAUUUGUUUCUCUAUUCGCACUCAACUGGAUAAACGAUCCCGAAUUCUCCUCGUACAUUUAACUGUCAAGCCAUUAGCAGUCAUGCCAUUAACGCUUUAAGAAGACCUACGCUUUUCAGCAGUGUAAACCACUCUUCAAAUGAUCAGGAAAAUAUUUUGCAACCUUUAAAAACGUUUCAGCGAGUGAAUCUUGCAACAGCGAUCGAAAACAAAAACACCACCCAGAUGUUGAAUUUAUUAAAAAAUUUAUGUGAAGAUGUUAACGUGUUGAACCAAAAUGUAAUAUGUCCUCAUGACGGAACUUUUGAAAAAGUUAGCUGUUUUCUGAUUCAGCUUGACGAGCUAGUCAAGAAAAUGAGGAAACUAACGAUAUGAUUAUAUGUAAAGGUCAGCUGAUUACCUCAAUAAUGGUUUAUGACAGAAAAGUCUUUGACUACAUAAAUUAUUUAGGCUAAAUAAUUUAUAUUGUUUCAAGAAAAUGGAAGCAACGGUUCAUUCAUAUGAGCAGGCCUUAAGAGAUAUCGUUACGGAGUCUCGAGAAACGUCUCAAAAUAUGAUAGAAAUGGGGACUCAACUUGACAACAAUUCUCAAGUAUUAAAUAACAGCAGAUUAUUUUUCGGUGAAAUGAAGACUCAUGUGGACGGGUUACAGAGCCAAGUGCAACGAAUAAACGGACGAGUGACUCCAUCAUUUCUACCGUUCAAAAGUCAAGAAGAUAUUGAUCGGUACGAGAUUGCAACACCGGAAGAAAUCAACCAGCUUAAGACUUAUGUAAUGCAUUUCCAAGGGCAAACGUCCUUACAAGAUAACGUACGUUACGUACUGCAAGAUAAUAUUUUGUUUACUGAGGAACUCUUGGCUAAAAUAAAUGACAAAGAGCAGUCAGAGAAAAAAAAUAUUAUUUUUUUCGGCAAAAGACUUGACCACGAUUUAUAUGGAAUUUUUUCAUCGAUGUUUUCCAACACAACCGUGACUACGUACCAAAAUGUUGUUCAAGCAGCUUUAAAGGCUGCGUACAACAGAACUAAUUCAAGGACAAAACGUAAAAAUUACAGUAACACUACUCAAAAGCGACGAAAACGAGGAUUUGUAAACGAAAGUUUCUACAAGAAACCGUAUUCAGCAAGUGAAGAUGUACAAAGAGGCGAGGAUGAACCAGAAAGAAUAGAUACUGCGAUCGAAGAUCAACAAGAUUGAUACAUGAAGAAAAAAAUAUUCAGCUCU